AUGGCCUCAUUGCAACUCAAGUUGUUUAUGGUUCUUCUCAUUUCUGCUGUCUGUUCCAAGAUUUCUGUCCAAACCCCAACUUGUGGUAACAACACAUUCUUCAUACAAUACCCUUUCACAUUGCUUCAAGAAGGCCAAAAUCCUCAUCACACAACCCCCUAUAAUCUGAAAUGCAAUCGACAGAAGCUAGUAGCCCUGAACCUUCCUUUCUCUGGGGAGUUCUACGUUCGAGACAUCAACUAUUUUCAGCAAAAGAUACAGCUCUAUGAUCCAAGCAACUGCCUUCCAAAGAGGCUGAAGAACUUGAGCCUCCCAUCUUCUCCAUUUAUGGCUGUGAGCUAUCAGAAUUAUACCUUCUUCAGCUGCCCUCUUGGAAGCCCAAGUUCUCGUAAUCUCACUGCGAUACGCUGCUUGAGCAACUCGACAGCCUCAGUCGUGGCUGCUUCAGAGACUUCUAUGAUGGAUGGGAUCAAGAACUUGACAGCUUGCAAAGUGUUGUAUAGUCUUCAAGUCCCAGUUUCGCAGGUUUUUGAGUAUGCGUAUAAUGGCAUUGAUGGUGAUCUUCAGUUGGCAUGGAUUGAUCCAAGUUCUAAAGGUAACAGCAGAGGCAUAACAUCAAGCAAACCUGGAGCUCUAACCAUCAUCCUAAUAUGUGCCAUCACAAUUUUGACUGCCUUACUAGUCGCAAUGCUCUGCCUAGGAUGCGGUCUGACAGUCGUUGUAGUGAUGCUUGAUAUUGAAGAGGCAAACAAUCAAGGAUCUUGGAGUUGCAGUACAAGAGUAUGGGAAAGGGCGAGAUUCAGAUUAUCUAGAGCUUCGAAUGGGACUGCAGGCCCCCUUGAUGAAGUUUCAUUCAUGUCUACAGCUUCACAGCAGCCCCAAUCGGCUGUUCCCAGAGGAGCUGCAGCCCCCUUGAAUGAAUCAUCGUCCACGCUUCCACCUCCAGUUCCACCCCCAUCUCCACCUCCAAGAAUUGCUGCAGUCCACCCUUUUGGCUACUACCUCUCGUUCAUGCCUUCUUCGCCUCAAGUCCCAAGGGAGGCUCUAGGCCCCCUUGAUGAACUUCCAUCCACUUCUUUGAGUCCAAAUGUGGCUGUAGAAGCCCCCGAUGGCUUCGCCACAUUCAUGUCGUCACCUCAAGUCUCAAGCAUGCCUGCAGCUGGUGAUCGUGAGGUCUUUAUCGAGGCAACCCCUCCUGGUGACUCUACAUACAGGUCUCUCACCCAAUUACCAAUGGGGGCUUCAACCCCCCUUCAUGACUCCCCAGACGUAUCUCUUCAGACUCCAAGUGUUUCUGAAGUCAACCCCUUUAGUUACUUCCUCUCCCCCGCUGCUUCACCUCAAGGCCUAAGGGGUGCUUCAGCCCCCCUUGAUGAAGUCCAAUCCAACCUCUCGAGUCCGAGUGUAGCUGCAGACGACGUUGAUGGUUUUGUCUCAGUCAUUCCUUCGCCUGAGCUAUGGAGCAUGCUUGCAACUCGUGAGGAUGGAUUCUUCAUUGAUGACUCCUCGGUCAUAUCUUCACCUCAAGUCCAAGGGGGAGCUGCAGCGCCCCUGGAUGAUUCUUCAUCUGCCCUUCCGCCUCCACCUCCACCUCCAAGUGUAGGUGAAGGCCGCCCCUUGGAUUACUUCUUGUCAUUGCUUUCAGCUCAUUUCAGGAGGGGGAAUGCAGUCUCCUCCGUUCAUGAACUUUCAUCCAUUCCUCCAAGUCCAAGCGAACUUUCAUCCACUCCUUCGAGUCCAAGCGUGACAGGUGACUUGUCGUUUAUACCUUCGCCUCUCGAAGAUGAAGUCCAUGACAACUUAGAGGAGCUGCCAACAGAAGACAUAAUAAUAGGUGGGAGUGAGUGCAUUUCAGGGCCUAAUGGCGAUUCUUGCCCUAUAUGUUUGGAAAAUUACAAGGCAUCAGAGAGGCUGAGGGUCAUCAGAAAUUGCAACCACUGCUUCCAUUCAGAUUGCUUGGACCUAUGGUUGCAGAGGAAAAGCACCUGCCCUAUUUGCAGAACUAAUGUAAGUUAAGUCAUCAUUGGAUUAUUGGAAACGUAGAAACAUUCAAAAAUAGAACAUUUAAGUUCAGAGGUGAAUUAUUCCUGGAAAAAGGUAAAUCUUUAUGAGGCUAACAAAUUAAAAAUGAUGCAUGCUACAAGUUCA